AACGUGCGCAUUGUCGACGACAGGAUCGACUACUCCAGCGUCAGGUCGCGGGUCGGCUCCAAGGAGAAUGCCCAUCACUCACCCAACGGCGGCAACGUCCGGAUCUUCAACGACAAGCCCGACUACUCGAGCGUGCAGUCCAAGGUCGGUUCCAAGGACAAGAUCGCACACGUUCCCGGCGGCGGCAACGUCCGCAUUCUGGAUGAAAAGCCCAACUUUGCCAGCGUCCAGUCCAAGGUCGGCUCCAAGGACAACAUCCGCCAUGUCCCCAAUGGCGGCAACGUCCGCAUCCUUAGCGAGCGGCUUACCUUCAAAGAGAAUGCCCGAUCCAAGAUCGGGUCCUUGGACAAUGCCACACACACGCCCGGCGGAGGCAACGUCGUCAUCUUCAACGAAAAGCUGGAGUUUGAACAGACGGCGCAGUCCAAGGUUGGGUCGCUGGAUCUGAUCGACCAUGUGCCCGGAGGCGGAGACAUUGUCAUCUUUGACGAGAAGCUGACCUUCAAGGAGACGGCGAGUCCCAAGAUC